UGGGUUAAAAGUCUCUGAGCAUCAAGAACAUCCUAUCAGUGGGCUAGUGCGUUGUCCCAGCCCACCGCCUGCCCUUAACGAGGUAGGCUGCAUGUGUUUGUCAUUUUAGCAGGCAGUCCUUUUCCCGGUAAGGAACGACUUUCUUUCGCCACAACUCCUCUUUGGUUGUGUUUUGUUGAACAAGGAGUGGAUACGGUAAACGGAAGCUAAUUUUCCUGAGUAUACGGUUCAGAAACUUCGACCAGAACGAACGGAAAAGGAACAGCACUAAGAUAAGAGGAGUGGCAAACCCAGCGCCAGGCCAGCAGAAAGAGGACCAUGGCCCUGAGCAGCGCCACCGGUGACCUAACGCUCCUCGGCAAUGGCAGCCUUCCACCCGGCCUCGUCGCAACAUCCACAAACGCCACUGCUACUGGCGGCCGAGAGCCCGGCGCAAUCGGUGUCAGCUGCGGGAGCAGGAAAGGAGGGGACGUCGGUGUCCUUUCCACACCCAGGACACAGCAGAGGCAGAGGCACCAGCCGAGGCCCACGCCGCCUCACAAGGAGCCCCAGCAGAGACCCCGAGUGAGUCAGAACGGAGGUCCCGUCAAGCAGAACGGCUCCCUCCGGUCACCCUCCUCUUCCACCUCCUCCAGUUCCUCCUCGCACCUCACAGAUUCUCAGAGAUUGGCCAAGCUCUUGCCCUCCGCCCUCCCCGCCGGCUCCGCCCCACCUCCUCCCCUGCUGUCUCCACCCCCCCUGUGCUGCCACCGCUGCCCGUUCCAUCCACCCCUGUGCUGCCACAGCAACCACCAGGAGUGCCACAUCUUCCAGAGCCAGGCCCCCGCCCUGCCCCCGUCCCCGGGAUCAUGCUCCUGCUGCCUGCAGGCCUCUCCUCCGUCCCUCUGUUUACACCAUCGCUGGCAGGAACACCUCCAGAACCAACCCAAUGUGGUCGGCCUCAGCCCUGCAAGGCCUUUUCGGUUCCCAAAAAGCUAUGCCGAGCUGAUUGCUGAUUGGCCUGUGGUGGUGCUGGGUGUGUGUACUGUCCUCAUCGUGGUGUGUGCCCUGGUGGGUGUCCUGGUGCCUGACCUGCCAGACUUCUCAGACCCCUUACUGGGAUUUGAACCACGCGGUACAGCAAUAGGCCAGCGACUCGUAACAUGGAACAACAUGGUGAAAAACACAGGGUACAAAGCAACACUGGCUAACUAUCCAUUCAAGUACGCCGAUGAGCAGGCAAAAAGUCACCAAGCGGACAGAUGGGCCGAAGAUCACUUUGACAGAGAUAAAAGGCAAGCCGACUGGGACUUCAGCAAAGACAGUUUCUUCUGUGAUGUUCCAGGUGACAGAUACUCCAGAUUAGUAUUCACAUCUGCCGAGGGGAAAAAUCUGUGGAACAUCCAAGCAAUUAAAUCCAUGUGCAAUUUGGACAAUACACGGGUACGCUCCCACCCUCAGUACUUGAGUCUCUGCCAGCGCACCACAGACGCCUCUUGCUGCCCCAGCUGGACCCUGGGUAACUACGUGGCCAUCCUCUCUAACAAGUCCUCCUGCCAGAAGAUCACAGAGCGCGACGUGUCGCACACCCUGAAGAUUCUGCGGUCUUGUGCCAAGUACUACCACAACGGAACGCUGGGUCCCGACUGCUGGGACAUGACCACGCGUCGUAAGGACCAGUCCAAGUGCACCAACGUCCCUCGAAAAUGCACCAAGUACAAUGCCGUUUACCAGAUCCUCCACUUCCUGGUGGACAAAGACUUCCUGAGCCCAAAGAACACAGACCACCUUAACCCCGCCCUUAAACACAGCAUGUUGUUCUCCCCUACAGAAAAGGGGGAGACUAUGAUGAACAUUUAUCUGGACAACUUUGAGAACUGGAAUUCCUCGGAUGGCGUGACCACCAUAACCGGGAUAGAGUUUGGCAUUAAACACAACCUGUUCCAGGACUACCUGUUAACGGACACUGUGUAUCCGGCCAUAGCCAUAGUGAUAGUGUUGGUGGUCAUGUGCGUGUACACACGGUCAGUGUUCAUCACCCUGAUGACCAUGAUUGCCAUAAUCAGCUCCCUGAUCGUGUCCUACUUCCUUUACCGCAUGGUGUUCAACUUUGAGUUCUUUCCAUUCAUGAACCUCACAGCCCUCAUCAUCCUGGUGGGCAUCGGGGCAGAUGACGCCUUUGUCCUCUGUGACGUGUGGAACUACACCAAGUUCGACAAGCCCAAUGCAGAGCUGUCGGAGACGGUGAGCAUCACCCUUCAGCACGCUGCCCUCUCCAUGUUUGUCACCAGCUUCACCACGGCCGCCGCGUUCUACGCCAACUACGUCAGCAACAUCACCGCCAUACGCUGUUUUGGUGUGUAUGCUGGAACAGCCAUCUUGGUUAACUACAUCCUGAUGGUAACCUGGCUCCCGGCUGUAGUGGUGCUCCAUGAGCGCUACCUGCCCAGCGUCUUCAGCUGCUCUAAAGCUCCCCAGCAGCAGAGGGGGCUCUGCACCCGCACCCUCUGGUCCAACCUCUGCCAGAAGGCUGGCAAGUGCCUGUUCACCGUCUCUGAGGCCUCCAGGAUCUUCUUUGAGAAGGUGUUGCCGUGCAUCGUGAUCAAACUGCGUUACCUUUGGCUUUUCUGGUUCCUCGCCUUCACUGUGGGAGGGGCGUACGUGGUGUGUGUCAAUCCCAAGAUGAAGCUGCCCUCCUUGGAGCUGUCCGAGUUCAAGGUGUUCCGCUCCUCCCACCCAUUUGAGCGCUACGAUGCUGAGUACAAGAAACUGUUUAUGUUUGAGAGGGUCCACCAUGGAGAGGACCUGCAUAUGCCCAUCACCAUCAUCUGGGGUGUCACCCCCGUGGACAAUGGGGACCCACUCAACCCGAAGAACAAAGGCAAGCUGAUGUUAGACAACACUUUCAACAUCGCCAGCCCAGCCUCCCAGCUCUGGAUCCUCAACUUCUGCCAGAAGCUGAGGAACCAGAGCUUUGUGUUCCAAUCGGAGGAGCAGGACUUCACCAGCUGCUUCAUUGAAACCUUCAAACAGUGGAUGGAGAACCGGGACUGUGAAGAGGCCUCGGUCUACCCCUGCUGCAGCCAAUCUACUUUCCCCUACAAACAGGACGUCUUUGAGCUCUGCAUCAAGAGGGCCAUUAUGGAGCUGGACCGCAGCACCAGCUUCCACCUGGACAGUAAGACCCCUGGUCCACGCUUUGACAUCAACGACACCAUCCGGGCCAUUGUCCUGGAAUUCCAGAGCACCUACCUGUUCACGCUGGCUUAUGAGAAGAUGCACCAGUUCUACCAUGAGGUGGACACCUGGAUCAAGGAGGAGCUGAAAAAUGCCCCAGCUGGGCUGAACUAUGGUUGGUUUGUAAGCAACCUGGAGUUUUAUGACCUGCAGGACAGCUUGUCGGAUGGAACUCUCAUUGCCAUGGCGUUGUCCGUGGUGGUGGCCUUUGUGGUCAUGCUUCUCACCACCUGGAACAUUAUUAUCAGCCUUUACGCCAUCCUAUCUAUCGCGGGUACCAUCUUCGUCACGGUGGGCUCGUUGGUUCUGCUGGGCUGGGAGCUCAACGUGCUCGAGUCGGUCACCAUCUCGGUGGCGGUGGGUCUUUCUGUGGACUUUGCUGUGCACUACGGAGUCGCCUACCGCCUCGCCCCCGAGCCUGAUCGCGAGGGAAAGGUUGUCUUCUCCCUCGGCCGGAUGGGUUCUGCUAUCGCCAUGGCGGCGCUGACCACCUUUGUCGCUGGGGCAAUGAUGAUGCCAUCCACAGUGCUGGCCUACACCCAGCUGGGAACCUUUAUGAUGCUCAUCAUGUGCAUCAGUUGGGCCUUCGCCACCUUUUUCUUCCAGUGCAUGUGCCGUUGCUUGGGCCCCCAGGGCACCUGCGGGCAGAUUCCCCUGCCUAAGAAGCUCCAAUGCCGGGCAUUCAAAGAGGGCACCACCAAUGUACCCUCGCCCCAAGCCAAACAUGGCACUAAGUACCGCCUGGACAGUCACGGUGGGGAGGUGAAGCACGAGCAUUACGAGUUGGAACCAUUGGCCUCCAACCUAAGGAAUGUGGAGAAACCUCAGGAGGAACGGGAGGCCUGCACCCAGCUCUAUAAUGGAAUACCCACCCACUCUGCCCCUUGCACACACGUACCAUUUAAGAGCAAGGCAGAUGCUGGCAGAGGGUGCUGCUCUGAGAAUGGACUGGGCAUGUUAUCCACAGACCCCACGCCUAUUUGCCAGUACUCCCAUAAGACAUCCUGCUCAUGUGGGGAGCCCCCUUAUUCUCAGCAGAAUAUGGGUAAGCAGUGGACGCAAACGCCCCAGGACUCCCCAUGCCCCACGCCUCCAUUCCCCCUGACCAACAGCCAUUACAACCAAGUCCAAAACCCUAUGUCCUGUCUAGAUGGUGUCUACAAAUCCAUAGAUUGCCAAAUGCACUAUGUCCACUGUCCCCCCACCCACUUCCACCACUGUACCCCGGGCAGGGUGCCCAGACAGGGCCCUCACAGCUGCCACCUCAGAAACUACUGUAUUCACACCGUUCCCCUCCCGGGUGGCAUUCCCAGGGACCAGUGUCCUAGCCCCGACCGAGCUGGCCUGGAGGGGGCACACCAGACUGGAGGAUCUUCUGGCCCCAGAGAAACCCCUGUACCCCCGCCCCAGACUCAGGGUCCACCUGCCUCCUUUCUGAGUUGCGCAUUAGCCCCCACACACCCAGGCUGCUGCACAGCCAAUCAUGACCCAAAGAGAGCUGGAGAGAAAAUGAUGAACGCUUUGGUUGAUCAAAGUUUGAAUAAUCAUGUGCCCACCACAGUGCAAAAGGAUGCUUGUCAUAAGAUGCCUGGCAACCAGGAAAAGCUUGAAACUAAUACCACUCCCAUUACAAAGGACGAAAGUGUCAAAAAAUCCAAACGUAACUUUAAAAAUGACAGGGCGUCCUUAGCCUCUCCUAAGAAACUCUACUGUUUUAACAGGACUUUGAAAUUAAAGUGCAAUUCUGUUGAAUAUAAUGUUCCAAAAUCUGAAGUAAAUGUGCCUGCUCUUGCCAUACCCUCAUCUGAAAGUUUAUGUUGACAGGAGACUUUAAAGGUAAUUAUAGGGUUAUAGUGUAUAUCUGAAAAGUACAGUUUUGUUGUACCAAGCUAUCAUGUGCAGUGUCCCUAUGCAAGUGUUCGGGAUAUUUCACUGACCAAGUGCCUCGUGUUUUCAUGUAAAAGUAUGGCCCUGUUUGUUCUGUGAUUAGUCUUUCUACUGUGCAAAUGAUAUUGGUUUGAUGGUCAGAAGUACUGUAUUUAAGUACACAGUAAAUAUGUGGUGUGUUUAUAAACCUCUAACCUGUUUAAAGGAAGGUGAACCAUUUACUUUAUUUUCUAAGUAGCUGUCUUUCACAUUGCCACGUGUUUCGUCCAAUAUACUGUAUGAUUAUAAAAUAAUUUUAACAUGA